ACCGGAGCGGGGCCGUGACGCGUGUGAAACGGAGCGCUCUCGCCGUCGGGACUCCCGUAUGAUGAAGCGCAGCGCAGCGGAGCGCGUCCCGGUAAACAUGAAUAGUUUCUUGGAUUCUCGUUGAUCCGAUUGGACAAUAACGGAAUAAACAAUCGGGAUUGACUCGUGCUGUUAUGAUCGCCGCUACUCAUAAGCGUGUUUGAUUUUCUGGAGAUGGAUGGCAGAGAUUCGGCCGUUCUGAGGAGCAGGUUACCCAGAGUUCCCGGUGUGGUGUGCGGAGUGUCUAUGGGAAACGAAGACUCCUCCCCCUGUAGCAGCCAAGGGGAGGGGCCAGAUGACAAAAACUUGGAGGACGUGCUGUGUGAGCUGGGAGCAGGGGCGGAGCUUAACCUAGGGGACAGCAUGGAUCUGGAGGGGGAGGAGCUUAGCUGGGAGACGAACCGGCAGGAGGCGAAUGAAACGGAAGAGCGGAGCAACACGAGCCGCAGUACAGUCAGUCCUGAGUCGACAGCAGCCUCCACAGAUCUCUCCAAAGCAUCACCCCUGUCGGAGCAGCUCCUGCAGGGCCGUGAGGAGGGAGCGGGGCUAAAUAUGGAGUGUCGUAUCUGUGGCGACAGAGCAUCAGGAUUUCACUAUGGUGUUCAUGCCUGUGAAGGAUGCAAGGGAUUUUUCCGGAGGACCAUUCGUAUGAAGCUGGAAUAUGAGAAAUGCGAGCGCAACUGUAAAAUCCAAAAGAAAAGUCGGAAUAAGUGUCAGUUCUGUCGUUUUCAAAAGUGCCUAAUGCUCGGGAUGUCCCACGACGCGAUCCGAUACGGGCGGAUGCCGGAGGCAGAGAAGCGUAAGCUAGUCGCGGGUAUGUUAGCAGGGGAAAAGAGCUCUCAGAACUCCAGCGGGUCAGAUCUGAAAUCUCUCGCCAAACGGGUCAAUAACGCCUACCUGAAGAAUCUGAACAUGACCAAGAAGAAAGCUCGCAACAUCCUGACAGGGAAGACCAACGCAAGCCCGCCGUUUGUCAUUCAUGACAUGGACUCACUGUGGCAGGCGGAAAACGGGCUGGUCUGGAAUCAGGUGAUUAACGGAGCUCCGCCCAAUAAGGAGAUUGGUGUUCACGUGUUCUACCGCUGUCAAUGCACGACCGUGGAAACCGUACGAGAACUCACAGAGUUCUCCAAAAGCAUCCCGGGAUUCAUCGACCUUUUCUUGAAUGAUCAGGUCACGCUGCUGAAAUACGGGGUCCAUGAGGCGAUCUUCGCCAUGCUGCCAUCGCUCAUGAAUAAGGAUGGGCUGCUGGUGGCGAAUGGGCGGGGCUUCGUGACGAGAGAGUUCCUGCGCAGUCUGCGCAAACCCUUCAACGAGAUCAUGGAGCCGAAGUUUGAGUUCGCGGUCAAGUUUAAUGCCCUCGAGUUGGACGACAGCGACCUCGCUCUCUUCGUGGCCGCCAUUAUCCUCUGUGGAGAUCGUCCAGGUCUCAUGAACGUCCAUCAGGUGGAGGAGAUCCAGGACAACAUCCUCCAGGCGCUCAACCAGCACUUGCAGCUCAAUCAUCCUGACGCCAACUUCAUCUUCCCCAAACUCCUGCAGAAGCUCGCAGACCUGCGGCAGCUGGUGACGGAGAACGCGCACCUGGUGCAGAAGAUCAAGAAGACGGAGUCCGAGACGUCGCUGCACCCGCUGCUGCAGGAGAUCUACAGGGACAUGUACUGAGCCGAACCAUUCCAGGCACGCUGACCAAUCACUGUGAUCUUCAGCUCUCGGGCGGAGUUAUUAUUUUUAUAAAACGGACGAUUUGUGACUGAUGAAAUCAGCACUAACUGAACUUUAAACUGGGGGAUGAGGUUGUGCGGGACAAAGAGACAUCGAAGGAACAGUGCAUUCCUAUUCAUGAUGGGGACGAAAAUGUCUUUGACAAUGCAAUGUUUUUUUAAGUUGUGACAAAAACUCAUUGACCAAUAAGGUAAAACACCAGCAAAAUACUGCAGCGCUAACGUGACAAAAGCUAUCCGAAGUUAAAUACCAAAGUUGCUGCUAUUAGUGAAAUCGCAAACAUUGAGCUUUACUCGUCUGUCCUUGCGUUAUUUUGCUAAACAGGCCAAAAACACACUACGCAAGUACGCUAACGCAACGUGCGAGCACACUGUAUGUGUUAUUUUUCUACUAGCUACAUAUCAACACGUCAACAGCUUAACUAACUUUAACUAACGUGCUCAGCAGGAUUCUCUUCAUGCUAACUGUAAUGCUAACGUUCCCUAUAGCGCCCCUUGUGGCGGCAUUGAGAAUGCAACAAGCUCUUGCAUCGUUAAUUAUUACAAAACAAUUUAAUAAUAAAACGACUCAUUUAAAUAAUCUUUAAUGCUUCAAGACAUUAAAACUUAAUGUUUAAACCAGUCUAUGACGGUUUGCUGGUCUUACCAGCCCAAAACCAGCUAGGAGACUAGCUAAGACUAGUUUUUGCUGGUUUUUCUAGCAGGGACCUUCCCUAAUUGCUAUUGCAACAUCUGGACAACUCACAGAACGUCAUUACAACUUGCAAACCUCAAACUUUCCAUUUUGUAAUUGUUUUUCUUUCUGUUUGUGUUUCUGAGAAAUGAUACUGUGAUCACAUUUAUGUCAGAGUUCAGAUUGGUGAUUAAACAUCUGACUCCAGAGUUUAUAUUAAGAUUAUUUAAUAACGCUUUAUUAGUUAGCUUAUUGAAUCAGAGGCUGCGGUCGCAACACGAUGUCCCCAAGUGAAGAUAUCAUGUAAAGCCAUUCCUGUAUCGGCUGUGAUGUUUGACCUUUUCCUAUUGUAGACCUCUGAUGUGUGUGUGUGUGUGUGUGUGUGUGUGUGUGUGUCAUGGUUGUGCUGCUAACUGGUUCUUGUAGACAUGACAUGUUGUGAAUCUGUGUGUUUUGAACGGAGAUGAGUGCCGGUGAAAUGUGUUCAUGUCUUCCUGUCGCAGUUUCCUGGUAAUGUGAAUGAGGGGAACACGUUCCUCCAUGUGAACUGCAGGAUGAACGACCGCUGAUGUUUUCUACAGGCUUUUGUAAAACACCUGAAGAACAUCUGAAUAAAACUACAGGGUAAAUCCUCA